ACUUGAAGAGAGAAAAAAUUAAAAAAAGAACAAAAAAACUAGUCUCAUCAACUUUGCUAUAUAACUGGUUGAGGUGGUGAGUGGAUUAUAUUGCAAAUUGCAAUGAAAGAUGGAUAACAAAUUGAAGUUACCAUUAUUGGUGCUUUUGCUCAAUUGUUUCUUGUUUCUGGCACUUUCACAAACAGCUUCCAAUGAUGAUGUUGAGGCCUUAAAUUCUCUAAAGGAUUCUUUGCAAAUCAAUAUUCCCAGUUGGGUUGGUUCAGAUCCUUGUAGUGGUUCUUGGGAAGGAAUCACAUGCAAGAACUCACGUGUUGUUUCCAUAUCAUUACCAAACACGGGCUUAAAAGGCCAACUUUCUCAAAAUAUUGGAUCAUUCUCUGAAUUAGAUACUCUGGAUCUGUCUUACAAUAAGGACUUAACCGGACCACUUCCAGCAGAAAUUGGAAACUUGAAGAAGCUAACAAAAUUAAGUCUUGUGGGUUGUGGUUUUAAUGGUCAAAUUCCUGAUCAAAUCGGAUCUCUUCCUCAGCUGGUUUUCUUGUCCUUAAACUCCAACAAUUUUAGUGGAAGAAUUCCGUCUUCAAUUGGGAAUCUAGCAAACCUAAAUUGGCUUGAUUUAACAGAAAAUGAAAUUGGAGGAGAAAUCCCAGUAUCCCCUGGUCUUGAUACACUCCUCAAAGCACAGCACUUCCAUCUUGGGAAGAAUAAGUUUUCAGGAGAAGUUCCUUCUCAACUUUUUAGCUCAGGAAUGGCUCUCCUGCAUCUGCUUCUUGAUAACAAUCAGCUAACCGGCGAGAUUCCGGAUACAAUUGGACUUGUUCAGAAUCUAACUUUGAUACGCUUUGAAAACAAUACAUUAAGCGGAUUGGUGCCUCAGAGCCUCAACAACCUUACCAAUGUUGCAGACCUAAUAUUGUGCAACAAUAAGCUGGAAGGUCCCCUGCCAAAUCUUACUGGAAUGAGCUCCCUGAAAUACUUGGAUUUGAGCAGCAAUGCCUUUGAUAGCACAGAUUUUCCACAAUGGCUUUUGACUAUGAAGAAUUUAACAACAUUACGGAUGCAGGAGGCGAAUCUGUCUGGCCAAAUACCUGCUGGUUUCUUUAGCCUUCCCUCUUUGCAAUAUGUGGUGCUAAGUGAGAAUCAACUUAAUGGAACACUGAAUCUUGGCCCCAACUAUAGCAAAAAGUUGCAACUUAUUGACUUGCACUCGAACUCAAUUGGGGAUUUUACGCAGCAAAAUCAACCACCUAGUUUCACCAUAGUGCUUGAAAGUAAUCCAAUUUGUUAUGAAACUGGAACUACCGAAUCUUUCUGCAAACCUUUACAAAUCUCAGAUGAAAAUCCACAAAACAAAUGUCCAGCUUCUGGUUGCAGCUCUGAUAAGAGUCUCAGUCCCAUGUGCCACUGUGCCUAUCCAUACACUGGUACUGUAACUUACAGAGCACCUUCCCUUUAUGACUGGGGAAACAGCACUUCAAUAGAGGCAGAUAUCAAGCAGGCUCUUCAAUCCGGUGGUCUACCUGUGGAAUCAGUAGUUUCAAGCACUCGAGAUUCCAAUCCAUUUGAGUGUUUUGAUUUUAUUAUCAAAAUCUUCCCAUUAAACAAGGAUAGUUUCAGCCCGAGUGAAAUUUAUCAGAUGAGUCUUGUGCUUCUUAACCUCAGUGCUUAUAGACCAUAUGAUUUUUACCCUGACAAAAUCGAGCCUAAGCAGUUGAGUAACUCAUCAAACACUGCAUUGUUGAUUGGAGUGGCAGUUGGUGGUUCUUUUGUUCUUGUGCUAUUACUACUUGCAGGUGUUUAUGCUUUCCGCCAGAAGCUAAGAGCAGAAAGAGCGAUUUCUCGAAACAAUCCCUUUGGAAACUGGGAUCCAAGUAAAAGCAACUGUGGCACCCCUGAGUUAAAGGCAGUAAAGCAGUUCUCUUUUAAAGAACUUAAGAAAUGCACAAACAACUUUUCACCAGCUAAUGAUGUUGGAUCUGGGGGUUAUGGAAAGGUUUAUAAGGGAACUCUUCCCUCUGGACAACUGAUAGCCAUAAAACGAGCUCAAAAGGAAUCGAAGCAGGGCGGGUUAGAAUUCAAAGCCGAGAUUGAACUCCUUUCAAGGGUUCACCACAAGAAUGUGGUAAGCCUAGUUGGAUUCUGCUUUGAAGAAGGGGAACAGAUGCUGGUUUAUGAGUUUGUUCCAAAUGGAACCUUGAAGGAUACUAUCACAGGGAAAUCAGGCAUUAGAUUUGGGUGGCAUAGAAGGAUCAAAGUAGCCCUUGGAGCUGCAAGCGGUUUGGCUUAUCUUCAUGAACACGCCGAUCCUCCAAUCAUACACAGGGACAUCAAAUCAAACAACAUUUUGCUGGAUGAGAAGCUUGAUGCAAAAGUUGCUGAUUUUGGUCUAUCCAAACCAAUAUUAGAUUAUGAUAAAGAUCAUGUCACCACUCAAGUUAAAGGAACAAUGGGAUACUUGGAUCCAGAAUACUACAUAAGUCAGCAGGUGACUGAGAAGAGUGAUGUGUAUAGUUUUGGAGUACUGAUGCUAGAGCUCAUAACUGGACGAAAGCCGAUAGAUCGAGGCAAAUACAUUGUAAAAGUGGUCAGGAAUUCAAUUGACAAGACUAAGGACAUGUAUGGCCUGCAUGAACUCAUCGACCGAGCCAUCAGAGAUGGCUCGGCCCUGAAUGGUUUUGAGAAGUUUGUUGAUCUUGCAAUGAUGUGUCUUGAAGAAUCAGGAGCUGACAGGCCUCCAAUGAGUGAUGUAGUGAAAGAGAUUGAAAUCAUAUUGCACUCAAUUGGUUUGGACCCUGCUGCUGAUCAAUCUGAACCAUCAACUUCUUCAAGUUUUCAACAUAAUGAGGUAAGCUUAGAGAGUUCCCAUCAACCUUACAGCAGUGAAUCCUUGUAUUCAAGCUCCGAAUAUAUACAAAAACACCAUGAGCAUGAGCCUAGAUAGAUAAGUCUUCUAAGAUCCAAGGUAAGAGAAAAGUAGAACAACUUUUGGAUAAGGAGUUUGUAAAUGUUAGCUGAAGGGUGAAACAUCAUCAACAUUUUAAUUCUCUUUUUCAUUUUCUUCCUGUAUAUAUAUUUCUAUAAUUAUGAAUUA